UUUGUAUUGACACAUAAAUUGUCAGCCAUAUUGUCUAUAAACUAAAAUGGCGGAAGGUGGUGAAGGUGGAGAAGGUCCAGGAUCAGAUAAAUAUCCAUUUGGGGAAUAUAUUGGUGCGCGUGAUGAAAAUUUAGACCGCCAUGGUUAUGGUAGUGCGUUAUUACCAAAUGGUGAUAUCUACGAAGGUAAUUACCGGCUAGGAAAGCGACAUGGUAAAGGAAUGUACUGUUUUCGUAAUGGUGCACGAUAUGAAGGUGAAUGGCGCAAAGGUUUAAAGCAUGGUUUCGGUACGUUUUGCUAUCCAGACGCUACUAAAUACGUCGGACAAUGGCGGAAGGAUAACAAACAUGGCCACGGUAUCUAUUACUACCUCAACGGAGAUGUUUACGAAGGUGCCUGGUAUAAAGGAUGGCGACAUGGCUUAGGAACUUAUUCCUACAUCAAAGAAAAAGUUCAACAUUAUGGUGUUUGGAAGAAUGGUCGCAUGGAAGGCGCAGGGAUAAUUACAUAUCCAUGCGACUUUCGUUAUCAUGGCUAUUUCAAACGCAAUCUACCAAUUGGCCCUGGCUUGUUUUCGUUUGAAGAAAAAUGGAUCCAGUUCGGAUUCUAUGUGAACAUGCGUGAUCCGGCGUUUGAUUAUCUCGGUGCUGAAAAUCUAAUCGUUGAGCAGGAAUCAUCAGAUCAAGAAGUCACACAAGAAGAGACAGUGGAAGAAGACCGUGCUAGUCCCCCGGGUAUUGUUCCAAUAUGGCGUGCGAGACACACAGUGCCAUAUUCACAAGAUUUAAUCCCUCCGGAUCCUGUCGCUGUGCCAAUCAAGGACUCUGAAGAUUCCUUACUGGAUAUAAUCGAUUAUUUGAAACAACAAUAUGAUUCCGGCGGUAAAAAGACUCAAGAAGGUGAUGAACAUGAGAAUUAUGAUGAAGAGCAGCGUAGAAGGUUUGAGAUUCAUUCGCAGGGCGAUUUGGAAGGUCCUGUUAGACCGGGGCCUUCAAACUCGCCUAUUUCUGAUUAUAAUGAACGUGAGAGUCAGGGUGAAGCUGUGGGUGAUGAAUAUGAAGCUGGGGAUGCAAGUCGUGUUAGUUUUGGCGGUGCGGGAGAAGAAUAGUGAGAGAGAACUGCCAAUAAUACUUUCAAAAAGCACGAAUUCUUAAUUAUCAAUACACAUUUAUUCAAUUUGAGAUAAAACCUAAAUUAUCUAGUC